CGUUGAUCCAGCUCUGUGGUAUGUUCUGCCAUGCCAUCAGCUUUCAACCGCUGUAUAUUGAAACCCAUCGUCCUCUCUGUGCGAGAUUUCAACACGUUUGAAAACCGUGCGCGGAUCUUACAAACGACGACAUAAUGGUCAGAGUCAUUGUUUGGUUCCUGGAAAGAGCUAACAUCAGUAACAUCCGUAAAGUACCGACCAGUACGUGAUCGAUCUGAAUCAAUUUGGAUGCCUCCAGGUGUGUUUCCGAAUAUUCAAACGUGGAAAAUAGGAGCUACAUAUGCCCAUUCCUCUGACCGCGCAAAGUUUAUCAGCCUCAGUCCGUUUUCAUUGGUUGAAGUUUUCUUUAGAAUACCCCUUAAAAUCAUUUUUUCAAUUUAACUUUUUAUUGUAGUUUUUUGAAAAUUUUCUAUGCUCUACAAUGUUGUUUACUAUAAUAAAACAAACAAUUUCAUUGGAGAAAGUUUAUUUUUAUCUCUUAUAUUUAUUUAGUUAUUGAAAAUUUUUAUGACCAUAAUGUACUAAUUUGACUCACUGUAGUAAAUGUGGUACUUGAAAGAAGUGUGUGCAAUGGGGUCUACUCCCUUUCUCCGGAAUUUGGCCACCGAACCUCCUGAACCGCUGCGAUUUCGACUUCCUGUCGAUGUAGUUCGCGAGCAAGCAACUCAGCUCGCGCCAGUUCAUUGAGAAAUUGGACGUUCCAAGUACCCAGUUUACAAUCGUUUACCGUUUUCUGUUUCCGUGUUCUUAGGCUGAGUCUUUGCCGAUUGUUCCAUUUCGUUUUUCUAAUUUCGUUGCUCGUGGUUAGGAGAAGUUUCGGUGUGUUACCUUCCCAGAGUCGCGACACCUACAUUCUGCUGGUGGGGAUGUUUCCUUAGCAUUUCAUGAUUUAGCCGCCAGUCUGCUGCCCCUGUUGUAUGCUGCCCCUAUCAUGGGGACACAGUCGUUUACGACCCCCUUCCCAGUCAGCAUUCGUGCAAAGUUUUCACCGAGGGUUGAUUACCCGAUUUCCACUAAGGAUACUCGUAUCCCUAUUGGCACCGCGUGGAGGUUGGGAUUGGGAUAAGAGUUGCUGGACAGAGGUUAGUAACAGGUGUCCAACCAUUUACCAAGAAUGCAGGAUACAAAUUUUAUUAUUCCUUUCUAGAGAGUUUCUUCUAUAAAGCCUGUAAUACACUCUUUGUCUAAUGGUCAAAUAUUUGACCUUCUGACAUAAUGGUCAAAUUUAUUUGACAUCAUGGUUGUUGUUUGCCCGUGUGUGCCCCAUGUUAAAAUUGGAGAGUGACAAAUGAUUAUCUUUGACCAAAUUUUUAUCUGUCAAAAAGUGACAAAUAUUUGACGCUCGGUCAAAGAGUGUACUACAGGCUUAACAUAGACGUGGUUAUAAUAUCUAAUGCGUUAUUUUAUUGUAGUCCAAAGAAUUCCGUACAUUAUAUUUUCUAGAUAUAUUAUAUAUGUACAUUACCCAAUUUUCAUUUUUCUAUUUAAUAUUAUUAUAGCUAAAAACGAUUGAUUUUUUUCAUCAGUUAUAGCAUGAUUAAUCUUCCUGCUGUUUGUACGAAGCAAAAAAUGCCGUUAAUUCCCAGCUUCUCUAUGAUUAUAUUAUUGAAAUCGUCAGUUUCAUUUCAACCAUACAAUUUCUUCUCGACCAUUUCUUCCCAGUUGUAGAUACUCAACUCGACGCACAAGCAGAAUAUUGUCCUUUCUUUGUGGUUGACUGUGAUCGUUAUUUUCCAAUUAUUGGAAACAUGAGGAGAUAAAUAUCUGCAGAGAAAAACAAUGUUAUCAAAAGAAUCAAAUUUCUAAUGUUUUUUAUCUUAAGAAAAUUCUUUGCAACUUACCGAAACAUAGUACUAUUCAACAGGACAUCAUUGAAUCGAUACUGUCCAGCUUGAAAGGGACAUUUGAACGGUGGUUUCGCAUAUUUAACUAUUAUUUCUAGUGAUGGAUUGAAAGUUGUCAAAAAUUUACAACCAUCGCUAACCUCAACCUUUCUGGUAAAGGGGUGGCAAUGCCCACUACUCGCGCAUUGGUCAAUCCAAAUCAUGGCUUUCAUCUUGUCGGGAUAGGAUUUGUGAAAUCUAACGACACCACUGACCACAUAAUGGGUUGAAUUUAAAAGUACUAUUCGGGAAUCCGGUACGUAAAUCGGUAAGUUUUCAAGUCCUGCACACUGUCCGAUUCGCUUCAGGAUGAGAGUGUUCGGGUGUUGUUCCUCCCCCACGCUGGCAUCAAUGCCAUACAAACGUUGACUAUUUGUUGGAAAAAUCUGCUGACCCAGCAUCAGAAUGGUGAUUAUAUGGAAGCUCAUUACUGUCUAGUAUCUAACUAGCGCAUGCUCUACCAUGUUGAUGUUUGCUGCUUAUUAUUGUGGGUGAUGAUAUCUUGCCAAUUAUUUAUGCUAGCUUUGAUUGAUCAUGCCUAAAUUGUAGGUUCAGCCUUUCGUAUACUGUCACACUGUCAGCUGCGAAAGCAGUUUCAAUCAAGCAUCAGCAUGAACCGAACCGUGAUCUUGCUUCUAGGAACAUUCGCUGCAAUUUCGUUGGCGUAUGGCGCUAAAGUGUUUGACAUUCUUAAGGGUCCAGAUUCCGGACAACCUAAUAAGCGUAUAGUUGUGCAUCGGGUGGGACAAUGUGUUGGAAAAAAGGAUCUGCCAAUCUACUUACCAGACUUCUGGGUAACCCAACAUAACAGCAGCCACUAUGUAUUGAACGGUGUUAUUAUGGUCCGUGAAGAUUUUCCAAAAGGUUGGCAACCAACGGCUUCGGUGAAGAAAUGUGACGGGUUUCAAGCAUCGGCAAGUUGUCGACCAUUUCUGGACAAUUUGGCUUCUUCCGACGUGUGCAGCAUGCUUUCGGCAUCAGAUGCGAUGUACGCCAAAUACAUUUCAUCAAUCGAACCCAAGCUCCGCUGUCCAUUUUUGAAAGGAAAUUAUACGGUAAAACAGCAGAUAUAUGAUGAAGUUGCUAGGUUCUUGCCAGGCUCCGGAAGCACUUUCUGGGAAGUACGAAACACCGCUAAGAUAGGCGAUCGCAUGAUUGCGUGCUUUAUUAUACAACUGAACGCUCGUCCGCGAAAGGUAAGGGGAUCUAGUGGGCAGUGAAAUGUGUCCGAUGUGCUAGUGUCAGUUUCGGUUUGAGGGAAGUUUAGCAAAAAUUUUGAUCAAAUUUAAGGUGUGCUGUUUAAUCGAAAUAAACAAAAAAAAUGGAGGGAGAAUCUAUAGUAUAUUUUGUGAAACGAAACAUGAAUGCGUUACUUCGAGAAAACAUCAAAAACAUUGAUACUGUCUUGUCCUGCCUGAUCUUCAUUUUCUGCGCAAUGGCUAUAUGGUACGCAAUCUCUUAUAUUGUGGGAUUCCUAAUCAGAAUCACGUUUCCAUUGAUAAUAUGCUUCGCAUUCAUGACCUUCAUCAAUGAAAAUUAUUCUUCGACAUUGGCCGUAACAAUGAAAAUCUUUCGUACCUUGGUAGCGCGAAUUUCGGACCGUUUUGCGUUGUUUACUACCUCCCAAUAAUCGUUUUGUUAUCCAA